AUGUUUCUGCGCCCCUGCCCCGCCAUCCUUGUUGUCCAGGCGCUAGUCUUUUCCUCGAGCCGAAAUCCGACGCUGACCCUGACCGGCUCCUCGGCGGCGGCGCUUUGCCGCGCUUACGCUGUUGCCGAGCCCGCCCCGUCCUGCCGAGUCUUGGGCUUUCGCGGAUGGCUGCUCAACGGUCGUGCGAUCCGUGGCGACAAGGCCGUCGACGCGCUUCUCCUCUCAUCUGCCGCCUUUGCCGGUCUCUCGCCAGCUCUGCGCUCGCACAUCGCAAAGGAGAGCGGCCGCCUCUCGGCCAACAGGACGGCUGACGCACACUGCGAGGCGGCUUCGCGGGCGGCCGACGCCGCGGAUGAGGCAGCUUCGCGGAUGGCCGCUGCGGAUGUUGUGCACGGCGGCAUAUGCGACAGAGUGCCGCUCGUCGGUCCCGAUGACCCGACACGGGUGCACUUUGAUGUGGCGCACGACGCAGAAGGCUGCUUCGUCACCGACCAAGGAAAGAACAACUGCUACGACUACGCCACCGACAUCCUGACCAACACGUUUGCGCAGCCGGGCCGCGGGUCCGGCGUGUGCCGGAAGACGGCUCGCCCCUGUGUCCCAAACACGUGCGACGACGUGCGCAAAGCCGCAGAGUCUGACGGGCUUGUGUGGCAUGGCAACGCGCUGCCGGAUGCACUUCCUGCCGCUGGCCACUACGUCAGUCUGCACAUAUGGCCACAGUCGAACUUCCAUUGGCUGAGGAUGGACGCCGACAAGUUCUGGUCCCACAAGCCGGGCGGUUCGCCCGUGCGCAAUGUGGACAACAGCGGCCGCUUGAUCAACGACCCGGCGAGAGCCGACGUCAGUCCGUGGUCGAACCACUGCGGGUACAUGCUCGCACGGCCGUCGAACCUGACGCUCUACUGA